AUGUUGGUAAUUUAUCUGCUGUGUGCUGCCGUUGCCUUUGUCGUGUAUAGCUUCAUCUCCUCGGCCUCGACGAGGCGUCGGCAUGCUGCAGUGGCGAAGAGGUUGGGCUGCGAGCCAACUCCUAUGGAGCAUUGGCCGGAUCCAUUCGCACUUGUCAACCUGUUCAGAACCAUGUGGGCUCACAGCAACAAUCGGACCCUUGAAUACAUGCGGGGCACCUUUGACGACACGUCUUUGCGCGUAAAGAGGACAGUCUAUACGUACGAAACAAAGAUACUAGGAGACACGGUUAUCUUCACGUGCGAUCCGAAGAAUACUCAGGCCAUACUUGGUCACGGCAUCUUUUCGGCCGACGGGAAGCAAUGGGAGCGCGCUCGCGCUCUUUUGAGACCGCAGUUCUCGCGCGACCAAGUUAGCGACUUAGACCUGGAGGAGCGCCAUGUUCAGAACAUGCUUCAAGCUCUGCCCGCCAAAGCCGACACCUGGUCGGAGGUGAUUGAUCUUCAGCCGCUCUUCUUUAGAUUCACCAUGGAUUCUGCCAGCGAAUUUCUGUUUGGUCAGAGCACGAACACUCAGCUCUCCGCACUCUCCGAAGAGGCCUUGGCCAAGAACGUCGAAGACAGCGCGUUCGUGAGUACUUUUGAAGCUUGCCAGGACCGCAUAAUGAUGGCCAUGUUGCUCAAUGAGUUCUACUCCCUAAUCGAGACCAAAAGCUUCAUGGACAGCUGUCGGCUUUGUCACCGAUACAUCGAUAAGUUUGUCAACAAAGCUCUCGGCCGCCGCGAGGCCCGCAAGCAAAUGGAAAAAGGCAAGAAGGAGAAGUACGUGUUUCUGGACAGCUUAGUGGACGAGACCAUCGAUCCGGUCGAGAUUCGAGAUCAGCUGCUCUCCAUGCUCGUGGCUGGUCGCGAUACCACGGCAGCUUUGCUGAGUUUCUUGUUCCUUAUGCUAGCUCAGCACCCUAGGGUCUUCAGCAAGCUGCGCGAGACUAUUAUCGAAGAAUUCGGGACAUUUCAUUCGCCCAAGAACAUCUCCUUUUCUGGGUUGAAAGCUUGUUCGUAUCUCCAAUGGUGCAUCAAUGAGACCCUACGACUGUACCCCAGCGUACCUUGGAACUCACGGCGGUGCACCCGCGACACCAGUCUUCCCUGUGGAGGCGGCGAGGAUGGGCUUUCACCAAUAUUUGUGCCAAAGGGGACGGAGACGGUGUAUAUGGUAUGGUUGAUGCAUAGGCAACCUGAAUUCUGGGGCCCAGACGCAGAAACAUUUAGGCCGGAGCGAUGGCACAACCAGAAACAUGGUUUUGAAUAUCUGCCAUUUAACGGUGGGCCCCGGAUCUGCCUUGGACAACAAUUCGCCUUGACAAAGGCUGGCUACGUGGUCGUGCGCCUCUUGCAACGAUUCGACAAGCUGGACGGCUCGCCUGGGGCAUCAGAACCAAAUGUGACAACGCCCGAGGACAAGUCCGAUCCUGUGACAUACACCUGCACAUGCCCUGCCCAAACCGAAGGCGGAAGCGUCCUACUCUUCUACCGCUACUGGGCUAACGCCCCGGUCCUACCCUCAGAACACUCACAAUGCACUCACUCACCCCAAGCACUGGCCAACUUUCAUAAGGACCUAGCAGCUUCCCUUCACAUUGGCGGAAAAUUCCGCAUCGCGACCGAGGGUUUCAACAUCACGCUAGGCGGCACGUCCUCCGCCAUCACCCAAUACAUCGAGGCAUGCCGCACACACUGGUCUUUCGCUGGCAUCGAACUUUCGACUCAGCAAGCGCGCGACGCGUACUUCAAGCCGACACCAGGCUGCGCUUGUGCUUUUGGCGGCAAGGCGUCUGUAAAGGUCACAGCUGAGAUUACGCCGCUUGGUAUCACGAACUAUGCGCCUGCAUCGUGGGGUAAUGUAAUCUCCUUAUCUCCAGCGGACUUCCACGAGUUGUGUCAGAAAGGUGACAUACCCUUGAUCGAUGUGCGGAACCAUUACGAGUCUCGCAUUGGGUACUUUGUUACUGGGGACGGGAGCGUAGCUGUCCGGCCUGCGGUGCGGAGGUUCAGCCAGUGGCCUGGAUAUGUCGUAAGGCAUGUGCUGGGGAAUGAUGCGUAUAAGAGACCCUCUGGGGUAGCGACGUACUGUACGGGCGGUAUCCGAUGCGAAAAAGGGGCACGGUGGAUGCAGGAAGCGCUUGCAAGCCAUGGAGAGAACGGUGAUGCGCCGGUGUAUACUCUGCAUGGCGGCAUAGUAGCGUAUCAAGCGUGGAUAGAAGAGCGUAUUGCAGAGGGGAGGAUGAAGCCUGAAGACAGCUUCUUCAAGGGAACGAAUUACGUCUUCGAUGCACGAGGGGCGAUUGGAGGCGUGCGAGCGAAAGAGGACAAUCAGCUGCUGUAA